UUGGCUAUCGCAAGGUUUUCGCCUUUUAUCAUUUCUACUCAGAGAUGUAUUCUCUAAUGGCGAUUCGGUGCGCGCGUACCCAGAAGAUCGUCACAGGUGGUUCUCUGCUUCAGGUACGCUCUUCUCUCCCCCAUCCAUCCUCUCGAUUCGCCUCCAGUACCGAAACAUUUGCCGUGAACUCAACCUCGAGCAAAAGGCUGAGCACAUCCGCCGCCACGAGUGAUUAUGACCGGAAUCCUCACUCCGUCUCAUCAUAUCCUCCACCGCAACGGCAGAAUCCAUCUCCGGGUUUCGAUUCUCAGCGUUUCCAAAAUCAAACAAACACUGAGCAGAGACCUCCGCAGAAUCAGAGGUAUAACCCUAAUCAAAGGAAUCUCCAGAAUCCUUCUCAACACGGUGGUUACAGGCCUCAUCGCGGUGGAGCUGGUUACAAUCGGGUCAACUAUCAGAAUCAGAAUGUUCAGCAGAGCAAUGAGAUAAGCCCAACUGUUGAAGAAGUAGUGCGCUUGUGCAAGCUCAGGAGAUACAAAGAUGCUAUUGAGUUGCUUGAUAAGGGAGCACUGCCUGACAAAGACUGUUUCUCUUUACUGUUCGAGUCUUGUGCCAAUCUGAAAUCUCUUGAGCAUUCCAAGAAGGUACACGAUCAUUUCCUGCGGUCUAUCUUUAGAAGUGAUCCGAAGCUGAACAAUGUGGUGAUUAGUAUGUUCGGUGAGUGUGGUAGUGUCACUGAUGCUAAGAGAGUGUUUGAUCACAUGGCUGACAAAGAUAUGGAUUCUUGGCAUGUGAUGAUGCGUGUGUAUAGUUACAACGGAAUGGGAGAUGAUGCCUUACAGUUGUUUGAGGAGAUGACGAAACAAGGAUUAAAACCUAAUGAGGAUACGUUCAUUACUGUCUUCUUGGCUUGUGCUACUGUUGGUGGGAUAAAGGAAGCGUUUUUGCAUUUUGAUUCGAUGAAGAACGAGUUUGGGAUUAGCCCCAGGACAGAACAUUACUUGGGUGUUUUGGAUGUUCUUGGAAACUGUGGGCAUCUUGUUGAGGCACAGCAGUAUAUCCGCGACCUUCCUUUUGAAGCGACUUCCGAUUUCUGGGAAGCAAUGAGGAACUAUGGUAAGCUUCAUGGAGAUAUCGAUUUAGAGGAUUACGCAGAGGAGUUGAUGGUUGAUCUUGAUCCUUCCAAGGCUGUAACCAACAAGAUUCCUACCCCUCCGCCCAAAUCAUUCAGGGAAACGAGUAUGCUUGCUAGUAAGAGUAGGAUUCUUGAGUUUCAGAAUAGGACUUUUUACAAGGAUGAAGCCAAGGAGAUGGCUGCAAAGAAAGGAGCGGUUUAUGUUCCAGACACUCGCUGUGUUCUGCAUGAUAUUGAUGAAGAGGCUAAAGAACAGGCACUACUCUACCACAGUGAGAGGUUAGCGAUUGCUUAUGGUAUCAUAUGCACCCCACCUCGCAAGUCCCUCACAAUCAUCAAGAAUCUCCGCGUGUGUAAUGACUGUCACAACUUUAUCAAGAUCAUGUCCAAAAUCAUUGGUAGAACUUUGAUUGUGAGAGACAACAAACGUUUCCAUCACUUCAGUGAUGGCAAAUGUUCUUGUGGCGAUUACUGGUAGAGCUCACAGGUUCUUACGUGGCGUUUUGGCAUCAUGUAUAGCGCUCCCAAGUCUCCAGACUCUGCUCGAGGUUGAGAAUUGAAAUAAUAUUUGCUAUGAUGUAACAAAUUUCGUUUACCUUAGACCUUUUUACAUGAUGUAUUAAGUUCCUGUUUUUCGUAUUAUGGGAGAACAUUGGAGUCUGGAAAUGUCGGUUUAGAGUUGCAAGAAUUCAUGUUUUAAAAAAACUUAGAUUGUAUAAAUAACGAACUUGAGUUACAUCUCACACAGAGAUAAAAGAAAGAUCUUUU